CAACGGAGCGCGUCCCCGUGCCUGAGACCUGCGACCGAUCCCGUCUCCCGUGGUGCCCCCUCCUCCUCAUCCUCCUCUUCCCUUUGCCUUCCUCUCAAGAAUUGUGAUCUCUCAUUUAUUUGUGUUUGACUCAACGCGGUGAUCAUGAGGACCCACAGUGCAUGUGCCAUUCACGUUUUCCGGCUGUAGUUCACCCGGCUCCAUCCCUCUUGUGCGUCCGAGAGGCGAGUAGUGGAGCAGCAGCAGCAGCAGCAGCAGCCCCCGGUGCCAUCGACCAGCACAUUUCUUCUUGUCUGUGCUCUCUGCAGGCUGCUGGCUGUGGGCUGUGUGGCUUCGCGUCCUCCCCGCUGCUGGCUACGUUGUUGUAGGAGAGGACAACGAAGGGCAGAUGAACAAAAACAAGGAUCUCAGAUGUUUGAUGCGUGAAAAGGCUUCAACAGUCGGAUAUCUCAUCUGAUUUUUGUCUUACCACGAGUCUUUUUUAUUUAUUUUGUUUUUGGCACCAUGGAGUCGGUGGAGAAGGAGUGUGGAGCGCUGGGUGGAUUAUUCCAGGCCAUCGUGAACGACAUGAAGAGCUCUUACCCUGUGUGGGAAGAUUUCAGUGCCAAGGCCACAAAACUGCAUUCUCAACUCAGGACCACAAUUCUGGCAGCAGUGGCCUUUCUAGAUGCCUUUCAGAAGGUGGCAGAUAUGGCGACCAACUCAAGAGGUGCCACCAGGGACAUCGGCUCAGCUCUGACAAGGAUGUGUAUGCGUCACCGCAGCAUUGAGACAAAAUUACGCCACUUCACCAAUGUUCUCAUGGAAGGCUUGGUAACGCCGCUCCAGGACAGGAUAGAGGAAUGGAAGAAGACAGCUAAUCAGCUGGACAAAGACCAUGCCAAAGAAUACAAGCGGUCUCGCCAGGAGAUCAAAAGGAAGUCGUUAGAUACCAUAAAGCUUCAGAAAAAAGCAAGAAAAGGCCGGGGUAACUUGCGCCCCCAGCUGGACAGUGCCAUGCAGGAUGUCAGCGAUUUGUACUUGCUGAUGGAGGAGACGGAGAAACAGGCAGUACGCAGAACCCUCCUGGAAGAGAGGGGACGUUAUUGUACAUUCAUCAACUUGCUGCAGCCAGUGGUGAAUGUAGAGAUCGCCAUGCUGGGAGAGAUAACACAUUUACAGGCCAUUGUUGAUGACCUCACUGUGCUGACUGAAGACCCUCACAAACUUCCACCAGCCAGUGAGCAGGUGAUACGGGACUUGAAAGGCUCUGAUUACAGCUGGUCCUACCAGACACCUCCCUCUUCCCCCAGCAGCACCGGCUCCAGGAAGAGCAGCAUGUGCAGCCUUCUUCAGAUGCCCUCUGCAGGAGCCCAUCGGCUCAGCAGCGUCUCCUCCCACGACUCUGGCUUUGUCUCCCAGGACGCCAACACUCACUCUAAGCCUCCAUCACCCAUGCCCUCUGACAUCACCAGCCAGAAAUCAACAAGCUCAGCCUCCUCUGAGGCUUCAGAAACCUGCCAGUCUGUCAGCGAGUGCAACUCUCCCACAGCGGACUGGGCCAAAUCAAGUUCCUGUGAGCCGUCGUUGGCGAACACUCUGCAGCGUAGGAGGGAGUCUGUGGAUAAGAUGAGAGAACUGGAAGCUCCACCCAGUCCACUUGGGUAUUCUGGGAUGCAGCCAGAUGAUCCACACCGAGGAAGAAUUGGCCCAGUAACCAUUGGAGCCAAGCAUGGCGAGCCACUCUCUCCAGCAGCCAGCACUCUGGCUAUGGUUCUGACCAGAGGCCUCAGUAUGGAGCAGCAGAAGAGCAGCAGAGACUCCCUGCAGUACUCCAGCGGCUACAGCACCCAGACCAACACACCCUCCUGCUCUGAGGACACUAUACCCUCACAAGGUUCUGAUUAUGAGUGCUACUCUCUUAAUGGGGAUGCUGACAGUGAAGGGCAGGCAGACUUUGAUAAGUCCUCCACCAUCCCACGCCACAGUAACAUUGCUCAGAGCUACAGGCGCAUGAUCCAAACCAAGAGGCCUGCAAGCACAGCAGGCCUGCCAGCAGGUAAAACUCAGAACGGUGCCGGGGGAAACAGCUCAGGAGCAAUUACCUCUGGAACGGCCACCAUUCGCCGAACACCAUCCUCUAAAACUGGGGUGAGACGCACGCCAUCGACAUCUGGCCCCAUUCCCAUUCGCCCUCCCAUUGUGCCAGUUAAAACCCCCACAGUGCCGGACUCUCCAGGGUACGCCAGCCCGUCCCAGUAUCGUGUCGGCAGCGAGGAGUUUCUGUAUGGUGAUGACCCAUCUGCUAGUGACUACAUGAGGGCUUCUCCAAAGCGAAUGAGUCUCCCUGACACAGCUUGGGGAUGUGGAGAAGGAGUGGCGGACAGGACUGUUUAUGCCCAGCAGGCCCCCGGCAUGGCCGCCCACAGUGCGGAGGAGGACCCGCUGCUGGCUGCCAACCGCCACAGCUUGGUGGAGAAGAUAGGAGAGCUGGCAGCCAGUGCCCAUGCCCUCGGCGAGGGUCAGUUCCCCUUCCCCAGCUCACUACCAGGGGAUACAGCUCAAUACGUGCCCCAGGAGCUGUCCUCUGCGACCCAGGAGGGAGUGGAUAUGCUGGUGUCUAUACGCCGGGGGGUGAGGCUCCGCAAGACAGUGACUGACGACAGGUCGGCUCCCAGGAUCCUGUGGUAGCUGAGGGAGAAGUAGGCUGUGAAGAAGCAGCUGUGGUGCCCUUAUUUACAAACUGAAGCUUUGUAGACAAAUGCAACAGCACUCAUGUAAUACAUGAACUAAGGCACAAAUAACAAAGAGGAUGUAACAUGUGGUGAAUGAAGGCCAGUUGACAGAGUAAUGAUUGACUAUGGACAAUGUCAAGUCAUUUCAUGUCAUGUACGUAUUGCGUACGUAAAAAGUAAUCCAUAUUUUUUGGUUUUUAAUUCUUCUUUUUUGUUUUGUUUUUGUCUGUGGGCUUAGUGGCUGUGCAUCUCUGCUCCCUUUGUGACCAGUUGUUUCAGCCAAGUUUGUCCCUUUUUAGACCCAGUGAUUACAAAUCACUCCUGUAGGGAUCAAUUGCUCUGCGUCUCAGUUCUCGCUCUUAUGAUUAUUAUAAUAUUGUGCAUUUCUUAAUUAACAAGCCACCUGUCAGUGGAACAUAAUGGGUGUGGAAAGUGCUCUGUGAGCCUGUUUGUAUGUUGUGUUUUUCAUCAUUACUGUAAAAGUAACGUAUUACCAUUUUGUUUCAUAAGCUGAGCAGCAGCUGUGUAAGUCAUGUAAAAUAGAAGCAAUAUGGCAGUGUUUUUA